AUGGUUUACAACAUUAUGGGCGAUCAAAAGACUUAUUAUAUGCAAAUGCACAAUCUCACGAAUGCGUAG